AUGCUGAACGAGAUUCGCAAGCUGCCGGAGGGUUCCAUCGAGGAGGAACCGCACGACGUUGCGGAGCACUACAGCGAAGAGACGGCCACUGCACACGAGCAGUACGACUGGCGCACUGAGAGCCAUCCAACAGAGAGCCAGGAUACUGAGGAGGCACACCAAAACCUCUGCAAUGACGACACAGUAAGUGAGAAUAUCUCGAGCAACAUGCACGAGGCCUCAUCGAGGGAGGCAGAGGCUGCUGCCGCUCUGGGCAGCGACGACAUGGAUGACGCCAUCUACAACAACGGCUCUUCGUCGUCUCGGAAGACGCCGAUGGUGAAAGGCUACCGCAUUGAUGAAGUGGCAGCGCUGUGCAGCUCGUCGGAUGCCAUGUUCGCCCGACGCCUCCCAUCUGGCGGGUGCCAGUUCUUUGCGUGGCCCGGGACACCGCUGUCCGUGGCAAGCUCGGCGAUUGUGUCGAUGCCGGACACAAUCCGCACUGUGCAUGCCGUCUUUGGUCGCGUCGGGACCCCGAUCGACAUUGUGAUGGAUAUUGACUCUCAAGUGCCGCAGGAGUACUGGAGCAUGUCAAAGGUUCGACUCUAUCAGCGCAAGGUGCUAGACGACGUACUGACUCCGCUGAAGGAGGAGAUUGAGAAGAUCGGCGAGAGGAUCGAGACCCAAGUUGUGCUGCAGUCGCCAAACCUGAAGAAGGCGUCCUUUCACAUACACACCCGGCUGAAGGACGCGGCCUUCGCCGACUUCUACUCCCUGCACGGAUUUCUCUUCCGCUUUCAAGAGCGGUUGCCGAAUGUGGACCUGCAGAUUUAUCGGCCGAACGGCAUGCUGCGCAUGUUCAGCUGCAUGAAAGAGAACCGCACGAGCGCCAUCGUUGUGUUUGACGAGCCCAAGUGGCACAUCGGCUUCCCAGGCGGGAAGGUGAGCGACGAGCAGGCAGCGCUGCACUCUAUCUGCGUUCGAGACCCGUCGACGUUCUCGCGCGUGCUUACAUUCGAGUCACCGCGGCAAUACAACAUGCCAGCGUACGGCGGCAGCAGAGUCACGCACGGCGACAGCAACGAAGGUACCCCUCUACCGCCCCAGGUACUGCUGCCACGAACGGAAAAAGAGGCAAUCGAGAGCGCGUCUCGCUGGCUGCGGCAGGCGACGGAGGUAGAGGUGGGGGAGUGGCGCACGUGGAUCGGACUGGGACUGUGCGCCUUCCGUGUGGCUUACCACUUUCGCAACGCCAAGAAUUUGCCUCGGCCGGCCAUGGCAGAGAUGCUCGACGCGUGGACGGAGGCAAGUCGCAAGUGCCCGCUCAAAUUUCACAAUGGCGAGUGUGAAGCGCGCUGGGCCGCCUUCAACCCCGAGAGGCUUGGCCACAAUGCCGACUGGUGGACGGCGUACAAGCGUCUCGGUCGUUUAGAGGUGCCGAUGCGCGAGGCCAUGGAGCGGGAAGCCGCUCAUGCCGAGCGGCGCACCUCGCGCUACCAUCCUACCCCUGCCACUGAAGUGUCCCCGGCGCCGGCGCCGUCGAAAGCCGCCGCCGCCCCCACCACCGGAAGCGUGAUGUCGGCGUCGCGCAAGAUGAAGCAGCAGAAGACAUUCCGCCGGGCGUAG